AUGGUUGAGUUGGGCGAUGCUGGUGUACGUGUCAUGUUCGUGAACGGGCGCCGUCAGUUGGGACUGGUCAGCUCCGGACUGUCUAUUGUCCUUAAGGUGAAGGCUUCCUCCAGGGACAACCACUGUUGUCUGUCUUCUGCUUCUCUCAUCCAGUGGGCACCUGUUACUUUUGUGAUGUCAUCUAGUCCAUACAUGAUCUCCGGCCACCGUAAGCACGGGUCUGCGGUCGGCGAUUUCGACGUGCGCGGACGCAGCUUCAACAAAGCCCUCCAUUGGUCAGACCCUCUUGCUUUUGGGAGGAGGGCUUACUUCGUCACCAUGUCCAGACCAUCGGCCCUCACAGUGGAUGCCGUUCAGCUCGAUGAUGAGGGCGUCUACAGAUGUAGGGUAGACUUCAAGAAUUCACCUACAAGGAAUUUUCAGAUUAAAUUAAAUGUAGUCGUGCCACCACAUCAGCUGCUUCUCUAUGAUGAGGCUGGGCGAGAUGUUGCUGGAGUGGUUGGACCUCUGGAGGAGGGAGGGAACUUCACUCUUCUCUGCGAGCUUAGAGGAGCCGAGGUAGGCUCCUCCUCACUUCGGGAGAAAGAGACGGGCUGCGAGAAGCAAAUAAUUCAUCCCUGUCGCACAGCUGCGUGCACUCUGUUUGGCAAGGGGCGAGGUAGUUCCUGGAAUUUUGUUUGGUUUUUCUUAGAAACCGAUAAACCAAUAAUAAUGCCAAAUAACUGCGGGGCUUGCGGUGCAGCAUUAACGGACUCCAAUAAUAUGGAAUGUUCAAAUGAAAAAUGUAAAAAAAGGUAUGAUUUGGAGUGUCUGGAAAUAAGUACAGGCACGUUUGGGUCGUAUACUCAUGCUUUUAAGAAGAACUGGAUCUGUCCGGAAUGCGUCUGCUCAAAACCUAAAGUUGGUAACAGUGAAACUCCAAUCAGGGUAAAUGCUAUAAAGACCGACAUUAAUACCUACACUACACCAAUGAGCUUUGUUAGUGCUCAGCGCGGGAGCAAGGCCAACUUUACACCCACUGUUUAUAGUAAUGAUUCUGCAGUACUAAAAGAACUGAGAGAAUUCAGAUCCGACAUGGUGGCUCGCAUGGACAGUCAGGCGCAAGCGAUUACUUUUUUGUUAAACCAAUUUUAUCAAACCAAAACCGAGUUGGACAAUGUAGUUCAGAUUAUGAAGGUACUCGAAGAAAAAAUUGAUGCCCAGCAGACUAACGACAUAUCACGCGAUAUACCUCACCAUAAUACUCUACCUACUUCUACAUUUGCAGAAAUCGUUAAUCAACCUAAAACCACAUCUAAGAAUAUUCACGUUGAAAAGGUAAAUAAAGGUGGGGCCACGAAGUCGGCAGUAUUAAGGGAAAAUGCUUCGUACAUUCCCAACUUAACAAGGGCUGAUGCACCAAUUGGGAUUGAGGAAGAGGACAACGAAUCGGACUGGAAAACGGUACAAAAUAAAAAAAAAAUCUACAAACCACCUAAAAAUGUUAAAAUUGGUACAAAUACAGCUCUGAAGGGAAUCCAAGCUACCGAGCGAAAAAAACACCUACAUGUUUGGCGAUUACAUCCCGAGACUACUAUUGAAGCCAUAACGGAACAUGUAAAAUCGGUCGUGGUCACAAGCAGACUGAAGACGCGAUGUCACAGCUCCUUGCAUUCGGGUGAUGAAUCUUCAUCAGCGAUAGCAGAACACCUGCUCCAGGCUGGUUCUAAUCACUGGGUAGAAUUCCACCGACCGCAAAUUCUCUCCACUGAUCGCCACUACCAUACAAGACUUAUGCGUGAAGCGGUUGAAAUAAAGAAAUGCCCAAAUAAUUUCAAUCGGGAGAACGGCUUUAAAUUGUCGUCGACGUGGAAUCCAGUGCUUCGCAAAACACAACCUCGUUUUCCUUCAAAAUCGGUUAACACAUCUGUGGAUAUAAUCAGCGUAGUGUGUAGACGGCCUAAUAUGGUAGAAAAUGAAAAUAAGGGGAUAGAUGAAGAUUCAUCACCCGAAUGCAAGGAGCUGUGA